UAUUCCUCGUGUCCACUCUUGUCACGUCUCCAGAACCCAUUGGAUGAGAAGGUCGGUGAACAGGGACCACUACCGGCGGUGUGCGUGGGAAUGUUGCAUGCGCCUUAUGCUCUAGUUUCUGUUAUUCUGUCUCUAAGGAGACCAGGCAAGGAGAGGGAGGAAUUGUGGGGAAGGAGAGUAGGUUUUUAAUAAAUAGCACUUUAUAGUCACACUUGUGCAGGUCUAUGGAAUAAUUACAUUGCAUAGGACCUCCUUGACCGGACAGUUUUUGAAACGCAGGUAAAUGCUGUAUCAUUGUAUUAUUAGAUUUUGGACUGUUGACUGAAGAAGAUUUUACCCGCACUUUGUUUAAAAUACUGAAUUUGAACCACACAAACAAUCGCGUAUAAAAGGCUACCCAAAAGAAGGCUAUCGAUUUAAAUUAAACAGAGCGUAAUCGGGUAGUAUCCUCAACGGGCCCAAACCACCCAUAAAAUGACAUCCGUGGAUCUGACCGUUCGGUCCAGUCCUGGUCCUAACCCAGGUCCUCACAGCGUGACACAGUGGCAACUGAGCGGGACAGACUACCAACCCCAGUCGGCCCUGAUGCAUCGCAGCUCGUUCACAGGGACAGCCGACACCCGCUUCAGUGCCUGGACCCCCAUCACAAACAAGACCUCCAACCACCAGUUGUUUGAGGAGCGGACGACCCUGGUGCUUCACUGGUUUGACCUUUGGACUGACCGCCAGAGAAAACUCUUCCUGCAGGCGCUGCUGUCACAAUGCACCAGGUCCCAGCUCAAGUCCUGCAGGGAUUGGCUGAUGCAGAUCGUGCCGGUGACGCGCGUGGACUUCACCUCCGUGUUGCCACGGUUCCUGUCUCUCUAUGUGAUGUCAUUCCUGAGCCCUCGUGACCUCUGCUCUGCCGCACAGGUCAGCUGGCAUUGGAGGGUCCUGGCUGAACAGGACUGUCUGUGGUCAGUGAGGUGUGUGCGCCGGGGCUGGUUCCUGCCCUAUAAUCCAGGGGACAGAGAGUAUGGUGGGUGGAAGAGCCACUAUGUGUCCUGUGUGUCCACUCUGGACUGGCUGACACCCAGAGAGGCAGCACAAACGUACGGCACACUCAACAUGCCCUGCUCCGGAGAGAGGGAGGAGGAGGAGGAGAGACGCAGGGAGAGGAGGAUCAGACAAACCAUCCGGGAGAGAGUGGAGGAGCAGAAGAGAGCUUCGCUGACGUCCAGACCAGCUUGGAGGAGCAACAGCAACAGACCAGGGGGAAUAGUGGUCAGCCGUCCCCAGGGAGAGAGGCUGGUGCCUGGGAGAACGAGGAGCGUUCAGCCCUCUCCCUCCUGGUUGUCAGACAGGACGGGACGUGUCUGUUUAACCCCUGACAUCAGCCUUAACUUGACCCCCACUCUGACCCUGGAGAAGAGCCAGCUCUCCAGCCAUGUGAGGUCCCAGGCCAUGGGGGACAGUGUGAACAGAGAAGGUUGGCCCACUUCCACCAGUAGCAGACCCAGAGCCUCUUCCUCUCUCUCUCCAUCACCACCUCUUCUGCUGCUGCUGUCUAACAGGAUACCUGCCUACGAGUUGGUCCUGUGUGGUGUGAGAGUAGGAGUGGUGGUGGUUCUAUACGACCACAGAGGGACCCUCCAGGCUCUGUUAUCCCAGGCAGAAAGGGCUCUGGGUGGGCAGCGAGCUCAGAGACUUGGGGUGCUAGCUCCUGGAGGUACGGAGGAGAUCACUCUGCUGCAAGGCUACAAAGUGACAGAGAGGAGUGUGCUGACCCCGGACUACAGGGAAUUCUGGGAGAAGCUGUGUGGUUGGGUCGUUCUACCUGAGGAGGGAGGAGGGGUGGACAUCUUCUGUCCCCUCGCAGCAUCUGCCAGAGGAGUGCUGCUGGUCCAGUUUCUGUCUACUCUGACAGGGCUAGAGGUCUCAGCUCCUACUGGGAUGGCCACCGGAUGCUUCCAGAACAUCCUGAGUGAGUGGUCAUGUAGCAGUGGUGACUGGACCGGGGUUAGCGGUGUGUGUGCGUCCCCCCCCGCCCAGCGCUACGUGUGUGAGGGUGUGUUACAGGGAUGGAGCUGGCAGACCCAGUGGCUGGAGGAGGCUCUAGGAGCCCUGAGGGACCAUCUGGGGCCACAACUACCACGACUGAGUCUGGACACCAGGGGACGAGUACUGGGUCAGUUUCUAUGGGAGGCGGUAGCUCUAGAUCAUCUGAGUGUCUCUAAGGAGGUGACUGUAGCUCUGACUGAGGGUCUCACAGCACUGGCAGCAGAGGAGUGCAGAGAGAUGAACCCUGCUUUCCGAGCUUUCCUAAAGAGACAAGACAGAACCCUGGAGACACACAUGCUGAGUCUGCAGGAGCUGUUGCUGUGUCCAGUGUGGCGUAUAGAGGAGUAUGUAACUCUGCUGCAGGCGCUGUCUCUACACACAGUCUCUCAACACUCCGAUCACACACAGCUGUCUGGCGUAUUGGACAAACUCACCCACUACAGGGACUUCAUACGCAAGCUGAAGAGGAACUCAGAGAAAGCCACAAGGAUGCAGGAGACCCAGCGACAGAUCCGGGGCUGUCCAAACUUGUGUGAGGGGGGCAGACAGCUAAUCACCACUCAGGACGCGGCUCUGCUUAGAUGCCCCAGUGAUGACAUCACAGCCUCACUCAGGAUGUAUGAACACGUUUCUGACGUGGGUCUCUUCUUGUUCAACGACGCAAUGGUUCUGACCGAGAGGAAUGUGUGUCACCGACCCUUCACACACACACACUGCGACACACACACCUUCCUGGCCUCUGUCGCCCUGCACAGCCUCACCCUCAGAGAGAUCACAGACACGCGCUAUGUGUGUCAUGGGUUUGUCCUGGAGGGUCCUAGUCGUGUGUGGGUCUGUGCUAUAGAGAGAGAGGAGGACAAGGAGAGGUUCCUUUGCACCCUGCGUUCAGCCAUACAUACUGCCAUCACAGAAAGUUAGGGUAGAGAACCCUCACCAUAGACUCUCACACACACACGCACGCACGUACGCACGCACGCACGCACGCACGCACGCACGCACGCACGCACGCACGCACACACACACACACACACACACACACACACACACACACACCAGUUUAGCCAGAUCCCACUUGAAAAAGAGGGUUUUGACCUCAUUGGGACUUCCUGAUUUGAUACAAUCCGUCAUUCUUCAAUCAACCACUAGGUGGCAGGAAAGAGGAUUUCUGCAACCAGAUAGUAUGAGUCCCCAUAGAUAGCCAAGCUCCAAGGUUAAAUUUGACUGUAUCGUAAAAAUGUAUUGAUUUAAGGUUAGGCAUAAGGUUAGCAGUGUGUUUAGAUUUAAGGUUAAAAUCACAUUUUAAGAACAUAUUGAAGAACUACACAGGGUUUCUCACUAGACAGAGUUCUAAAAUAUAGGGAUGACCUGAGAGUAACUUGGCCAGAUAGUGAUGACCUGAGAGUAACUUGGCCAGAUAGUGACGAUCUGAGAGUAACUAGGCCAGAUAGUGAUGACCUGAGAGUAACUUG